AUGAAGUUCUCGAUGCGAAAGUUUGCCAUGAUCCCCGCUGGACUGCUGGUGGGGAAGGCCUCGGCGGCGACAAGUGGAGACUUCAACGUCCUAUCAAUGAAUGUCGCAGGAUUGCCCGCCAUAUUGCAAUCCAACGAAGUUCCAGGCGACAAGGCGACCAACGCAGGAACAAUUGGGAGCAAGUUCGUCGAAUAUGGAUAUGACAUUAUCCACGUUCAAGAGGACUUCAACUACCAUGCGUACAUAUAUGCGACGGACGACCACGCAUAUCGCACGGCAACCUCUGGCGGAGUUCCAUUCGGCUCAGGUUUGAAUUCCUUGGCCAACUUUGACUGGGUCGACUUCACCCGGGUGAAGUGGGACGUCUGCAGUGAUGCCUCGUCGUCCGACUGCUUGACCCCAAAGGGCUUCACGUUCAUGCGCACCCGUAUUGAUGAUGGCGUCUAUGUGGAUUGCUACAACCUGCACGCCGAUGCCGGGACCGAAGCCGAGGACGAGACGGCUCGCAACUCCAACCUAGAGCAGGUGGCUUCGUACAUAGACACUUGGAGUAUCGGCAAUGCUGUUCUCGUCUUCGGCGAUACCAACAGCCGGUAUACUCGUGUCCUUGACAACAUCACCGUUUUCGCCAACCAGAACGGCUUGACAGAUCCAUGGGUCGAGCUCAUUCGAGACGGUGUCGUCCCCACCGUCGAAACGCUAUGCGAUAACCCCAGCAACAACACGUACUGCGAAACUGUUGACAAGGUCUUCUACAGGGGUAGCCCUGUCGUCAACCUCGAGGCCACCUACUUCAAUUACGAGAGCACCAAGUUCUUGCAAGCCGACGGGAACAUCCUCUCGGAUCAUAACCCCAUCACUGUCAACUUCACAUGGUCGUCCAGCAGUUCGCUUCGUCAGUCGAACUUUUUGGGCGGUCCCCACGGCACUUGGUUCAGCGAUGUGCCCGCUCUCGCCAGCAUUUCCAAGCCCAAAGCCUCCGUGCUCACGUUCAGCGGCGCAAACCGUCUCGACAGUGUUGGCGUGAAGCUUACCGACGGCACCACUUUCACGCACGGCGGCACUGGUGGCAAUGUAGCCACGCUCACGCUGGGUAGCAGCGAAUACUGGACGAGCGCGAAGCUUUGCCAGGGUUCGUACAACGACCAGACCCGUAACUUUUACAUUUUAGCCACUACCAGCAGUGGCAAGACGUUGAGCUCUGGCACGGCGACCUCCGACUGCGCUACCUUCACGGCGCCGAGCGGGUGGCAGAUCGUCGGCUUUGUGGGCCAAGAUGGUGACGAGAUGGAUCAAUUGGCGUUUGUGUAUGCGCCACAAUGA